UCUCGGGUCCAAUAGAUGUUCGCCUGGCUGUAUAAAAGGAGGGCGGCUGCCUGCCUCUUGCUGGCGUUUGGAGAAACAGUAGUUAUCCGUUCGUCGUUUGUCAUGGCUCGCACUAAGCAGACUGCUCGUAAGUCCACUGGCGGCAAGGCGCCGCGCAAGCAGCUGGCCACUAAAGCGGCCCGCAAGAGCGCUCCCGCCACAGGCGGCGUGAAGAAGCCGCACCGCUACCGGCCUGGCACCGUGGCCCUGCGCGAGAUCCGCCGCUACCAGAAGUCCACGGAGCUGCUGAUCCGCAAGCUGCCGUUCCAGCGGCUGGUGCGCGAGAUCGCGCAGGACUUCAAGACCGACCUGCGCUUCCAGAGUUCGGCCGUGAUGGCGCUGCAGGAGGCGUGCGAGGCCUACCUGGUUGGGCUCUUCGAGGACACCAACCUGUGCGCCAUCCACGCCAAGCGCGUCACCAUCAUGCCCAAGGACAUCCAGCUUGCCCGCCGCAUUCGCGGGGAGAGGGCGUAAAUUUGUUGCCCACUUGAGUGCCAACUUUAAACCCAAAGGCUCUUUUCAGAGCCACCCACAUCAUCAAAUAAGGGUUGUACCACAAAGGAUUAGGAUUACCCCUACUCCCAACAAAGCUGGAGCAGAGCGGAAGUCCAUCCCACCGUCCUCUCCCUACUCCCGCAGCCAAGUAAACCCUGGACUUGUGUGAGAGAUGAGGUUCUAACCGUAUUCGCCUUCCAGGUAGCACUCCAUGCCUAGUUUUAUGUAACUUUAUGAAUCUGAGAAGCAAUUAGCAAAUCCCCUAUGUAAUGCUCGGUUUAGCACCUUGGCUGCUGUAACCCAGCUUGUUUGUGCGUUAACCAACUGCCAGAGAUGGCGCUGAAAGAAGAUAGUUUAAGCUGCAGGCCUGACAGAACACGACACAUGACGCAUGUUCUUCCUUGCCUAGCUGCCCUUAAGAAACACCUCAUUUAUAUGAAAGCUCUGCGCCGCACCCCCGCCCCCACCCCGCCCCU